AUGAUCAGCUCGGUGGUGCGCGAUGAGUCGAACGGGUCAUCAGCAGUAUUCCCAAUCUUCCAAGCCUCGCAGCUCAACUACGCCUCUCUGAUCACCCAUCUGUCCUCGCCACCGCACUUUCCCAUCUCACACGCCUUUCGCAAUCAGCUCGUAGCUCACUACGAGACUGCUGAUCGGCAUGAGCAAGAUGCGGUCGCUGAUGCGGAUCCUUGGCAGACGCUUCUGGACUCGUUCCCUCGAUGCACAAUCUGCGCUGCGGGGGAUGUGCCUCCGGAGGUCAGAUCAGAUCGAGCCAAAGAAGAGGACCACAGCAAUGCUUCCUCUGCUCCAGGCGUCUGGGGUAUCAUCUUUACCUACUUUCGACCUACCUUUCAAAGCUUGAGCACGCACAUUUGGAUCUCGACCGAAGCUGCGCUGUACGAGGCGAAUCAUGAGACGUUUGAAGCUAGACCUUCGGCGAUGCGGCCACAAUUAGUGCGAGACUCGGCUCCUCUGGUCAAGUUUCUGCUACUGGACCUGCAACGAGAAGCAGUGGAGAAGCUACAAGUGUUGCGGGGUGAUCAGGGCAGGAGGGUCACGCUAGGCGCUGUGGAGCAAGAGUGGGCGAAUCUGCUUUGCUCUUGGCUGGGUCAGGUGGAUGUCGAGACACUUGCGUUGCGCGCUGCGAACAAGACCCAGGACGACGAUGCCGAGGCUAUCAGGUCGGUGUCUGAGACUGCACCCAAGAUCUCUUCUACCUUUGCGAGCAGGUGGAACAUUCCAUGGGCAAAUCCGUGCGCCUCUGUGUAUCUUUCUGUCGAGCCGGAUGCCGAGCUGCUGGCUGCAGGACAAGGAGCAAAGGAAGGCGAAGGAGGCAAGGUGAUUCAGAGAGGUCGUUGGUCGGUGCGCAGCCUCAUUUCUGACAAAGAGACCAAGUUGGUGAGUGAAGCACAGCCCGUACCAGCUCCGAUGAUCUGCACGUCGACGCUCGCUGACUGGCUGCUGGUCAUCUGAACCCUUGCGUACAGGUGCAAAAGAGCAACAAAUUGCCAUUCUCGCUCGACUAUGUAGAGAGCAGGAAGCACCUCUCCAUCAUCAUUCGCGACGCCCUAGAGGCUACGAACGCUUCCGACGAUUCCACAGGGGUGAACCUCGAGUCCUAUCCUACAGAUCGACGAAAGGGCAAUGCGGCCGGAUGGGUGUAUGCGCACGACCAGCUCUCCCUCGGAAGUCUUCACGUCGCUUCUCCCUACAGACGUCUGCGCAGCACAAGUGCAUCUCUCGCAAACUCCGAGAGCAGCGUAGGUCGUCUGCUGGUUCAUGCCAUGGGUCUAAAGCUUCACAGGGCCAUCAUGCACGCUCUGGCCAGGAGCGGUGCGCUGCAACGCCUCGAAGAAGCGCACGUCAAAAAUGGAAAGGGAGCAUACGACUUUGCUCCUACGGUCGGUGAUACCGAGUUGACUGCGGGCGCAAUCGGCUUUUUUGAGCGCUGCGGUUUCAAACACUUUAGGAAUGCUGUCUGGCUCGGACUGGAGAUGACGCCAGAGGGGGCACCACCGUAG